AUGGCGCGGCGGGUCUGGCCCGUCGCGAAGUUCCUGGUUAAAGGAGGCUUGGUAGGAGGUGCCGUUUACGUAGUUUACGAGCAAGGACUGUUAAGCGGCAGCGAACAGGGGGCUGAAGCGCUCCGGAAAGCCCAGGCGGCUGUGCCCCCAGCCGUGGAGGAAUGGACCAAAUACUUUGGUUGGCAACUUCCAGCAAUCCCAAAAACUGAAUUUUCUAUUGCCGGUUCCUGGAAUGCAGGGGUUGAGACAGUGUUUGGUGCUCUCUCUGUAGCCCCGACCAGGGCUUGUGAAUACACGCAGCACGGCUGGAAAUACCUGAAGGAUCUUGUCAAAUGAAGCCCUACCAAAGAGCCUCGGCUUUUCUUUUCUUCUUGC